CCAUAAUUUAUUUUGAUAGCGGGAACCGAAAGUUUUCUUAACUUUGUAAACAGUUUACGAUGGAAAGAAACAAAGACGUGCAUGGUUGGGUUAAUUAGAAUAAUUUUUCAGUCACGAGCUUGAGAUCUGGAAGAAUUUCUCAUUUAAAAGUGUAGUGACAUGCAGUGACUUUGAAAAUGGAACGUGCUUUUCAUUGGUCAAUUUGGAGUGCUUCAAUAUUUUAUUCUUUAUAUAAAUUUAAGAAGUCUUGUGAAUAUCAUCCAAGACUCAGCCCUCACGACUUUACUAAAGGAUGGAAUGUUUUCUCCUUGGAGCAUAUCAUGAAGGAUAAUUCGGAUCUCGAAUGGUUAAUAUUGACAUCUACUUUUAAGAAAUUCUACAUGAUUCUUUUAUUUCAAGUAGUCUGCAUACAAAUCAUUUUGAGGAUAAAUAAAUUUAUAAUUCUUGUUUUUUAUUCAAUUUUUUCCCUGAUGUGCCUUACAAUCAUUAUGGGAUGUCCAGCAGUUCUAUUAUUUGUAUUAUAUCCUGCCCUAAUGUUUAUUGUCCAUCGAAUAGGAAGAAAACUUGUAUGUUAUUUCUUGACCAUAUGUACAUUGUUACUUGUACAUCAACCUAGUUUCCAUAUUGUAAAGGAAAGUUUGGCUUUGAAAGACUCAGAAUCAUUUUUAUUUGAUGUUGCACUUGCUUGGUUAACUAUCAAAAGCUUGAGUUUUGCUAUUGACCGUAUUGAUGCAAAGAUUUAUGGUAGUUGGACAUCAUCUGACAUUUUUAGCAUUCUUGCCUAUUGUUUUUAUCUUCCUGUUUUCUUUACCGGGCCUGUAAUGAAUUAUGAAACUUUUUGUGAGAUGCACAAGACAAGUCACCCUAUUCCAUUAAAAGAAUUUUCUUUACAUUUUCUGCAUCUUCUCUUUUGUCGAAUUUCGUGGUACUUUGUAUACGAAUUACUUUUACUUUUCAUAUACUCAUCAUCUGUGCAAUUUUAUCCAGAAGAAGUAACAAAUUAUGACAGUUGGGCUUUGUGUGGCUUAGGGUAUGCUCUACCAAUGAUGUUUUUUCUCAAAUAUUAUGUUAUAUAUGGCACUGCAAAUGGUAUUGGGAAAUUAGAAGGCUUUGAAUUACCUCCACCUCCUAAAUGCAUUUCUUGUAUACAUUUAUCAUCUUUCUUGUGGAGGCAUUUUGAUAGGGGUCUGUAUUUGUGGAUAUUAAAGUACUUGUACUAUCCUGUUAUAAACAGUCAAUGGAAUAUCUUGAGAAAAUUGCUAGCACUUUGUAUAUGCUUUGGAUUUGUUUGUAUUUGGCAUGGGAUGGACAAGUCAGUAUGUUUAUCAACCACUAUAAAUUGUCUUUUGGUUUCAUCCGAAAUUGUUGUAAAAUUCAUCUUGACUACAAGAAAUGGAAAAUCUUUUGAAAAACUUUCAUCUGCAAUGAAGACCAGAAUUUCUGCUGCUGUUUCUACACCUCAUUUUCUGAUGAUGUGUUUAUCAUGUUGCUUCUUUUUAUCUAACUAUGAUAUUGGGAUGUUAUUAGUUAAAAGAAUUUUUUCAGGUGAUUUGUAUCCUCUUGGACCUCUUCUCAUUAUCAUGUACUGUGGUUGUCAUGUAUCUAUGGAUUCAAAAGCAGUGAUAAAAACCAUGUAA